AUCACCAUCAUCUCUCUACUUCUAUUUUCCUACUUGUAUAUUAUCAUCAAACAAUAUACUCGUAUAAUAUAAUUAUAAUAAAAAUUAAUACGAGUACUUUAAUUCCUAUUCUUGAGGAAUCAACUCCAUCAUUCAUUUCCAUCGUUGUAACAAUGGAUGUCGAUUCGACUUCAAGUUUGUAUCCGUCACAUCGAUCCAAGACUAUUCACCUGGUUAGGCAUGCACAAGGAAUUCACAAUGUGAUAGGAGAUAAGGAUUAUAAAGCUUACAUGUCCCAUGAAUAUUUCGAUGCAGAGCUUACUCGGUUAGGUUGGCAGCAGGUUGAAAGUUUGCGUAAACAUGUGCACGCAUGUGGGCUCGCCAAGAAGAUUGAUGUUGUUAUUACAUCUCCUUUGUUAAGGACUAUGCAAACGGCAGUCGGAGUCUUUGGUGGGGAAGGCUAUACAGAUACAGUAGACUCACUACCACUGAUGCUAGCAAAUGCUGGAAACAGUGGUCGGUCUGCAAUUUCAAGCCUAAAUUGCCCACCUAUUGUUGCAGUAGAAUUGUGUCGAGAACAUUUGGGUGUUCAUCCUUGUGAUCGUAGAAGAAGCAUCAGUGAAUACCAAUGCCUAUUUCCUGCAAUUGAUUUUUCAUUGAUAGAAAGUGACGAGGAUGUGUUAUGGAAGGCUGAUGUAAGGGAGACAAAAGAAGAGCUUGCAUCUAGGGGGAAAAAGUUCCUGAAUUGGCUAUGGACACGAAAAGAAAAGGAGAUAGCUAUUGUAACUCACAGUGGAUUCUUGUUUCAUACGCUGGCUACUUUUGGCACUGACUGCCACCCAUUGGUGAAGAAAGAAAUUAGUAAACAUUUCGCAAAUUGUGAGCUUCGCUCGAUGGUAAUUGUUGACAAAAGCAUGUUAGGAUCAGAUUCUUCGACAACUGAUUAUCCAGGAAGGAUUCCUCCUGGACCAGAUAUCCCAAGUGAGACUGUUGAUGCAAAGAUUGCAGAUGAUGAGCCGGUUUCUGGGUCCACUUGAUCAGUGACAUUCUACCGUACAAAACCACUGUAAAAGAUAAGCACUUUGAUCCGCUAUUAAAGGUCAAUUCAUUUAUUGUGUAUCUUGAAAUGGAAAUGAUUUGAGGAGCUGAUCAUAGUAAUGCUACCGUUGAUGAUGCUUUCUUGCUAUGAUGCUGUGAACUAGAUAGCAAAUUUUCUAUGAAAUGCAAACAGUGUUACAUUGGAUCGACUUAUAUUAUUUAAAGCUCCAAAGAGAUGAGAAUAUUGUGUUUGA